CCCUCUCGCUCUCAUAUCUCUUUCGCUCUCUCUGCGGAUCGACCAUUGGACGCGUCACUCCGUUUUCUACUCCUCUUGUCUGGGUUGAGUCAUGGCGGAGCCUCCGGUUCUCCUGUGGGGCUCUGAAGUGGAGGAGCUGCUGACUUACACCGCGCUGAUCCCGCGUUUGGAAGAAGCUCUGGCUAAAUUCUCCGCAGGAGACAGAGCUGAAGUGCUGCAGCCUGUGCGCACCACAGUGCCGCUGAGCAAACACCGCGGGUUCAUGGGGCUGAUGCCGGCCUACAUGGAGAACGAUGGGGUCCUGAGCACAAAGAUGGUGUGUUUCUACAACAGAGAGCCUGGUUCCACUUUACCAGCCACUCAAGCCACCGUGGUGCUGCUGGAUCCUGAGUAUGGUAACGUAAAGGCUGUCAUGGAUGGUGAGGCCAUCACAGCCAUGAGAACGGCCGCGGUCUCUGCUAUCUCUGCCAAGCUGUUGAUGCGUCCAGAUGCAGAGGUGCUGACCAUCUUGGGCACUGGCAAACAGGCUCUGAGUCAUUACAACGUCUUCACUGAAAUAUUCUCCUUUAAAGAGGUGCGUGUGUGGAGCAGGUCCAGAGAGAGAGCAGAGAUCUUCAGCAGAUCCGUUUGCGGUCCUGUGAUGGUGUGUGCCUCAGUGGAAGAGGCGGUGAAGGGAGCGGACGCCAUAGUGACGGUGACCAGGAGUACUGAGCCAGUGCUCCUCGGUCAGUGGGUCAAACCAGGAGCCCACAUAGCAGCAGUAGGAGCCUGCAGGCCGGACUGGAGGGAGCUGGAUGACGCGUUAAUGAAGGAGUCGGUCGUCUAUGUGGACAGCAGAGACGGCGCGAUGAAGGAGUCUGGUGAUGUCAUCCUCUCUGGGGCGGAGGUGUUUGCAGAGCUUGGAGAAGUUAUUAAUGGGACUAAACCUGCACAGAGAGAGAAGACGACUGUGUUCAAAUCCCUUGGAAUGGGAGUUGAGGACGCAGCAUCUGCAAAGGUUGUAUUCGAUCAAUGGAAAGACAAAAACAGCAACCCACAAAGUGGCCUCUAAUAUCAGCUUCUUUUUUAUGGCCACUACAUAACUGUUAUAACAUAAGAAUGAUUUAGAUAAGAAUAGAUUCAGCUGCAAGGAUUUCAUAUAUACACGGUGCACUUUAAAACAUCAAUAAAAGGUUUUUACUACAACACACACAUUUCAGGUGACAUUAGGUGCUUUAAUGAACUGGACUGUGAUCACUUUUGUUUACAUUAGCUUCUAAUUUUGUCCUCACAUGCAACUGACAUUGGUUUAGUUAUUGACUAGUCAUGUUUGAAUUUGACUUGUUAGAUUGUAACACAGUAAAACCACAAUGUAACCUUUAAUUUCAGUGGUUAGCAAGUUUGCUCAUGUUAGCUUCUAACUUUGUCUUCACAUAUAACUGACAUUCAUUUAAUUAUUGACUAUGAUGUUUGAAUUUAGCUUAUGUUACAUUAUGACUAAACCACAAGGUAACCUUUAAUCUCAGGUUGGUUUUUUUGUGACUGCCUCAUGUUAGCAUGUUUGUUCAUGUUAGCUUAGACCUUUGUCUUCACGUACAACAACAGACAUUCGUUUAAUUAUUGACUAAUCGCGUUUGAAUUUGACUUGUGUUCAAUUGUGACUAAUAAAUGUCCUGUUUAUUUAAA